UUUAUCAUUCUUUUUAGAGAAGAUUCUGAAAGAAUAAUAUAUAACAACCACUAUGGAAAACCCAAGCCCUGUCGCCUAUAGACCUCAGCAACAAAAGCCAUCGCCAGAAUCAUUGUUUUAUCAAUUUUCACCGGACGAGAAAAGAGUAAUGAAGGAGUGCAAUCGUGAAAGUUUUUUCCAGAGAAGUUUACCUUUGAGCGCCAUACUAGGAGUUGGCUCAUACAUGGCAGUAAAUAAGGGUUAUUUCAAAGCCAGUCCAAAAUGGGGCCCAUGGCCUAAAGUAAUUGUUGGUGGAUUAGUUGGAUAUAUUGUUGGAAAAUAUUCUUAUCAAAAUAAAUGUGCUGAAAAAUUGAUGCAACUUCCAGACAGUGAAGUUGGUAGAUUGUUAAGAGAGCGCAGAGGUCAAAUUAGAGGAGAUUAUAAUGAAGGAAAUGGAGGAUCGCCUAAUAUGAUUCCUGGAAAUACCUAUUCAUUAACAGAAUAUAAUCAAAAUAUAGAUACAGAUUUUCAAAAGCCUAUGAAUACUUUAGAUACAGAUUACAGACCAGAUUAUGAUACUGUAUCAUUUGAUAGAUUGAAUGAAAUUCCUAUUCCAAGCUCUAAUGUUACAACUUCCUAUGAUGAUCUUAGAGCACAAAAUAGAAAAGAAUAUGAAAGAUCAUUUUCAAAAUCAAAUUAUAAAGCAUCACAACCAAAUUCACAACCUAUAUGGGAUAGUUCUCAAAGCAAUCAAAGAAAUUCAUCCACGCCUGGAGAGUCUUUUAAUCAGUAUGGAGAUAUAUUUACUCAAACCAAAUAAUUUGUUAUAUGAUAUAUAUAUAUAUAUAUAGCUUUUGAAUAGGACAAAUUGUGUCCUGUGUAUUUAAGUAUAAUGUGAUUAAACUUCUAAGUUUUUAAGAUAUAUUUAUGUAAUGCUAAUAUUUGUUGAAUUCGCUCUUUAGUAGUUUUAUAAAUUAUUAC